UACCCUGAUGGUCCGUUAGAGGUGCAGCCCAACUUGUUCCUCUACUCAGAGCCGACGCUUGAGCAGGCGCGCGAAUUCGACUUGAUUAUCAACGUCGCGCGCGAGUUGAAGGAUUUGUCAAAGGAUAUUGCGCGCGAUAGCCGCUGCCAUGCGAAGUACAUCUUUAUUCCGUGGUCGCACAACUCGAAGCUUGUACCGGAUCUUGUGUACUUGACCGCCAUGAUUUCCCAGUAUCUCCAUCCGUUGGACACCCAGCUCGCAGGCCGAGGGGCGAAGGCGGCCUCGAAGAAGGUGUUGAUCCACUGCCAGUGUGGUGUUUCGCGUAGCGCGUCGUUGAUCGUCGCGUAUUUGAUGUACGACUUGAAGAUCGGCGUCAACGAAGGCUACAAUAUGUUGAAGGUGAGCGCGCCGCUGAUUGCCCCGAACAUGGGCCUCAUCUUCCAGUUGAUGGAAUGG